GUGGUGGGGGUAGUGGGGGUGGUGGGCAGCUCUCAACUUAUGCUGAUGACGGAACUACGAAGAAUGGUUACGCGUUGAUUUGCAAGACGAUGCCUGCUGUUUUUGGAAGUAACGGCUCUGCUUUAUUCACGCAGGAGCAGUGGGACAGGAUCAUAUCUUCCCUCACAGGCUCCGCAUCGAUAGCAGCUCCAAGUUUUGUUGCUCUUGCCAUUGUGACAUUCGGCAUCGCGAUUUUAUUCUGA